UCAUUUCGUUCCUUCCUGUUCCGUACCGUCAACAAUGUCUAUCACAUUUAGUGUAACUUUCACGUUGUUGGUCACAUUGGCUCACAACUGUGGGAAGAGUCUCUAUGACUUUCUUUAUGUUUAACUUGUAUGUUGUGUAGUUGUUAUAGAGGCGAGAGUUGAAGAAUUUAAUGGCGAAAGAAUUUGAUAAAAUUUAUAUGUCACUAGAUGACAUAAUCCGUACCAGCAGAUUGUGCCAUCCUAAACCGCAUGGCAGCAGAAAAUGUACACAAGAUCAGAGAGGCCGCAGCCGCAGUCGUAGUCACAGUCGCAACACAUAUAGAGGCCAGCAGUGGCGUCUAGAACGAGGUCGACAGCAGCAUUUAACUGAUAAUCUGCCCCCACGAUCAAGAAGCAGGAGCCAGGCCUCAUACAGAAGUAACAGUCCAGCUCCAUCGCUGCUUUCUGCACCAUUUGUUCCACCUCGAGGCAGAAGUCUACCGCGUCAAAAUUAUUCAUUUUGCAGUCAGAAACCAACUUUUGUGCAGCGUAUGGGGUGGCGAAAUGGAUUGGGAGUCAACAUACGAAAACACAGUCUGGGUUUUUCUGCUUCCAGUACAUCAGUCCUUCGACCAACAACAUCUUUACAGCUGUUGCAGCUAGCAAAGAAGAGAGUGCAAAUUGCAAAAAAUAUACUAAAUGCUAGACACCAGUCAUACCUCAAACAGCUGCAACAGUACAGACGUGAAGUGUUAGAAGAUUCCUUUAUGCCACCCUACAGAGUGGAGAAAAAGCAAGAGUUCCCAGCCUUGUUUUCUGAAAUCAAGGAUUGUAACAGGAUUUCACAUAACCGUAUAGGCAGGCAACGAGUUAACACAAAAAAGUACCCAGAAGGAACACUGAGUGUUACAUUUGAAAAUGAACUGGCAAACUCCCAGACUCGCACACGUACAGUUGAAAAUGGUUCCAUCCCACUGGGUUUCAAGCCAUCAGAAGCCUUAACUGUACCUCCACAAACAACGGUUAAUGGCUAUAUAUUUCGAAAUCCAUCUUUAGGAAAAGUUACUAAUGAUGAUGGUGUAUAUGUGUCAAAUGAAAAUGUCAGACAGACAGGUACAAAUGACUCAUUACCAGUACUUGUAUCAAGUUCAGACUUUCCCCAACUGAUUCACAGACAUAAUGAAUGUAACAUGGAUAAAAGGAGGAUUGUACAUCCAGCAAACACAGUUCAAACACUAAAUCAGAGAUUUAGUAAUUACAGAGUGGUGUGCUUGUAAUAAAUUUUUGUUUAGUGAUGAGUGUGUAGUUAGAAACAGUGUUAUAUAUCAAGUGCCAUUUUGUACAGAAGCCUACUGGUCAACAGUAUAUCUGUUUCUUAUUGUUGUAAUUAGCAAAAGCAAUAUUGUGUUCUUAACAUGAUUGUCAUUUCAUAGCUAGCUCAUUAGCGAUGGCUUUGUCAUCAUAAUUUGAAAUCCAUUUCCUCAAUGGACCUGUUUGCAAAGCCUGUUUAUGUACAAGUAAAGUUAUUUCUGGAAUUUUCUUACAUUCAGAGAUUUGUUUUGACAGAAAUACCAAACACAUUUAACAGAAUUUGAAAGUCUGCCUGGGAGAUGCCAUUUGAUUUAAACAUUUUAUUUUAAUUUAGUCCACACAUGCAACAAGGGCCUGUAAACUACUGAGAUAGCUAAACUCAGAAUAGUUAGAAUGAGCUACCAGUAGUCUGCAUUCCACUUGUUGACAUUCAAGCUCUCCUUAGCUGAAAAAAAACCCUUGCACUUAAUAUUGACAGAUAGUAGGAAAUCACAACUGAAAUUAUAUAACAACAGUUUCAAGGGAAACAUCAUAUAUAGAAUGUCCUGUUUAAAUUUUGAUGCUAGAGUCGAAUAAACACAGCUUGUACUUUUUCAGAAGGAACCCUGUCUCCUCUUUGUGCUUGAAACUUGUCUCUUUCUUAUCCCUGAGUCACUUAAUAUUCCUGAAUUUCAUUUAAAGAAAGUACAUAAUUAUAUAUUAAUAACAAAAAUAUGGUACUGAAAUUUCUGUGUUCCAAUUUACAUCUGAGGAUAGAUGAUCUGAUUGUUUAGUUCAUUCUUGGCCACAAUUCACAUUUACCAGAAAAUGUGAAAAGCAUUAGAUGUAACACAACAGAAAUUUCAGUGUGAUGGUUUUAUGUUGUAAUACAUUUAGCAUCAGAGAUUGUCUUCUUCUGUAGAUGCCAGCUGUACUGUCAUGUUUUACCAACACAGUACAAAAUUCUUAAAUGGAAAGUACUACAUCUGUGAUACACAAAUAAGGUAUGGGAUAGUGUUAAGAAUGUACAUGUCACUAAUUGAACAAAUCAUUUCAAUUUUUCAUAAUAUUUUUCAAAAUGUUAACUAAUUUGGUAACAGUUUGGGACUACAUUGUUCAAUUGUUAACAAUUGGUGGUUCACUAAAUAAGUUCCCAUGUUGUUGUGGACUGUGAUAGGAUGUGACCGGUCAAUCACAUUUUUUUACUUUCAAUUUUUUUUUAUCUUUAAUUCAAGAAGGCAAAUAAUGCCAUUGGAUUUAAUGAUUGGGAUAGCACACUUGUGAGAACUCUCAGGACAUUGAAGUUUCUGCAAUGUGAAACAACAUUUAAAAAAUUUGCCGCACUAUUCGCGUAUUCAUUAUUAAGGGCUCCUCAUUGAAUUGCAUUUAUUCCUUAUUAUUGUUCUGUGUUUUAUUUAAUUUGAUUGUUGGCUGACUUUUCUUCAGUUGCCUUUUACAUGUUAGUUUUCUGAAUACUUUUGCAUAUUUCUUUUGUAAUCUUCAAUCUUGCUGGAAAAAAAGAAGAGAGAAAAUAGUAAUUUUGUUCAUUGUAUAAAUGCUUAAACUAUAGUGCUGAUAUUUUUAAACACUGUGUGACCUGUUUUAUUACUCAUCUGAGAAAUAUAUGAAGAACAUUUUGGAUAAUAAAGUACAGAAUUGGCUACGAAAA